UUAUGGCACGCCGAGCUGCGUUAACAUUUCCAUCAGCCUAUACGGCAUUCUAAGCAUUAUGUACUUCAUUACAAAGUUACUUUAUUGCAAUAUCCAACACGAAAGAAGCAACAUCGAGCUGACCAAACUACACCCCUUUACCUGCCACGUGCCGUUGAAGUUCACCUAGUUAGAAGAAAAAGGUAAAUAAGCGCGAGGCAAAAUAAAAAGGUGACGGCAAUGGUCAGGCGCGACGAGCAAAAGCGUACGUAUGUGCCUCUUCUUCGUAAUGGAUUGGGACGAAGAUCGAACAGAAAGCCCACAAGUUUUGAUCCCGAGAUGUAUUCAUUUUUAACUUAUUGCCGAAUCGAGAAGCCGUAUGUGCGGGAAUUUCUUUCCGAAUUCAUCUCUACCUUCAUCCUAAUGGUGAUCGGUGAGUCGGCCAUGGUCCAUCUCGUCCUGAAAGGAGUGAAGGAUGUGUUCGCCGCUGUCUUUUGUUGGGGCAUCGCGAUCAUGCUCGGUCUGCUCACUGGAGCCUCCAACUCCGGUGGUCACAUCAAUCCGAUUGUGACAACCGGUUUUGCUUCUGUGGGACGAUUCCCAUGGACGAAAGUUCCUCACUACCUUCUUGGACAAUAUCUAGGCUCAUUUACUGCCUGUGCUCUUGUUUACGCAAACAAUCGACCUCUACUAAAUCACUUUGAUGGAGGAAAUCGAACAAUUCUCGGACCUAACGGAACAGGCAUUCUCUGGACGACCUUCCCUGAUCCAAACGUGCCCAUAGGAGUUUGUGUACUGGAUACCGUUAUAUGUUCGGGUUUGCUAAUGUUUGGAAUACUAGUCAUUAUCGACAAGGACAAUGGGGGAGUUCCUAAUUACUUGCACAGCUACCUCAUCGGUCUUCUGGUUAUCGCAAUCUGCUGGGGCGUUGGGUCCAACUGCAUGGCCGGUAUUAACCCAGCCAGGGAUUUCCCACCAAGAGUCUUCGCUACCCUUAUAGGAUAUGAAGACGCACUCAGUUAUCGUAAUUUCUGGUGGAUUCCGAUGUUCGUAUCACACAUUGGCGGUACGGUCGGUUGUUACCUGUAUGAGCUAACGAUCGGUGUUCACAAGCCAAUAAAGAUGGCGCCACUUGCUGAAAUCACUGAGCUUAAAGAAUACUCAGCUGAACAGCACACGAGGUGACGAGCUCAUUCGUCGACUUUACGACCGCAUCAAAACCGCACGACGACGAAGAUUAGCGACAACGGAAGCUGUCAGCCGACAAGAAAAACAGCCCCGAGAGUGAAAGAAGAAAAUCAUACUCUUUCAACAAGAUUUUCUAAACAAUCAAUUCAAACAACGAAGUUUUCAAACAAUGGUCAAUGAUUAUAUGAGCAACAAUAAAUUAACCAACGGUAUACGAGGGUAAAAUUAAAUAUACUAUAUCUUCACUAAUUGCCCAGCAAAAUUAUGUUGUACUCAAGUGUUCUGGGUACAAAUCUAUUCUGUUAGUUCGCAUUGGCAGCCAUUUAAUAUCACCAUAGUGGAUCGAAAAUUAAUAGAACGGUCAUCGGUUUUCUACUACGAACGAGUGUAUUUGUAUUAUGUUCGGACGUCGGACGGUACGAAAGGUGUCGCUCAAUUCGUUUGAAGCAUUGACAUGUGGCCCUUCAUCAUGGCCCUACGCAUGUCUAGGGCGACAUCUUGGCAGAGCCUCGUUUCAUAUUGCCUAAUCAUGAAUAGCUUGAAAUGGAUAAGUGUACAACAAACAUCUAUAUUAUACGUUCAAUUACGGACCCAUGCACUGUGUUUAAGCAUUUAGCGACGUACCAUUUGCUAUAGCGAUUUACAGGUGAAUAAAGCUUUCGGUAUA